CGGCAUAAACUUGGCUAGCCGUGGUUUUCACUCAAAUGACGUGGUUUUUAAAGUGUCUUACUUGAUUUCUUAGCCAAAUACAUCAAAUAAGUGUCUUAAACACUUGGUUUUUAUUUUGGAGAACUUUGAAUUUUUCGGUCGUUUUUACACCGGUUGGCUAGGCCGUGGUUAAGCCAAAAACCAUGGGUUCUUGACUAACCACUCACCCAGCGAUGGGAAGAUCUUCCCAUCGAUGGCAAUGGCCGGUGGAAAAUCCAAGAGCAAGGCCUCGAAGAAGAAGACCGCUGCCGAGGCUACGAGCUCUGCACCUCAACCCUUCCCAUACCUCGACGGGUCCUUCUUGGAGUUCGGGUCGGAAGAGGAACUCUCUCGUUUCAUCACCUAUUUCGCCAAGCGCCCCAUCUCUCCGCCAAGGGUGCUACCCGAGCUAUACCCUCAACAAAAGGGGUACCACGACCUUGACAAUCAACUCAAGGAGUCGGGUCUGUGGCCCUUCGUCUCCCGCAGUCGCACCUCCUUCAAUCCCGCCUACGUUCGGGCUUUCUACUCCAAUCUCCGCCGGGACGGGGACACUAUUCGCAGCAGCAUCAAUCUCGUGGACUUCGAGUUUGAUUUGGCUAUCUUUGCCCGGAUCGCAGGUUUGCCCACUCGCGGUGACGACAUCGCGACUUAUGGUGGCGAUGAUUGGAUCCUCAACAACGAGGCGGUGGUCAUCCGAGAGCUGGGAAUCACCAACCUCGUCCGUCACAGCGGCGCACCAACCAUUCACUCAGCCCCGCCGGAGAAGCGCCUUCUACUCUACAUCCUCACCCGGAUUCUUCGCCCCCGGGACGGCAGCCACACUUGUCUCUUCAACGAGGAUCUCAAGGCCGUUCAUGCAAUCACCCAUGGCGCCUCGAUCAAUUGGGCGAAAUACGUCAUGAUCCACAUGGCGGAUUGCGCCUCAAUCGCCACCGAAAGGAGCUUGCCCUACGCCUUCCUCGUCAUGGAUCUCAUUCUUUCUAGAGCCAUUUGUGUGAAGGUUGAGUUGUUCUUGAGCGUACUUAGUUUACUCAUAAUCUACUCUAUAAGAGAGUCUCGUUCUUGAGUGUACUUGUGUUCUUAGACACGUUGAGAGAUAGUAUCUCUCUCGGUUGAUUCAAAGGAAGGUCUGUUUCCUUUGAAGGAUUCGUUGAGAUAAAACAUAAAGAUUCUAUUUUGGU